AUGAAUGACCUGAGGGAGCAACGACUUGCCGUGAAAUUUUGUGUUAAACUUGGAAAAUCUGCGACUGAAACAUUUGCUAUGCUCAACACGGCUUACGGUGAUGUUGCUAUGAAGCGUACGGCAUGUUUUAAGUGGUAUGAACGUUUUAAGGGUGGUCGACAGUCGAUUGAAGACGACGAGCGUCCUGGACGUCCUUCCACGUCAACUGACGACCCACACGUCGACGAAAUCAACACCCUGGUGUGGGCAAAUCGACGUCUGACCAUCAGGGAGCUUGCUGAAGAGUGUGGGAUAUCAGUAGGAUCAUGUUACGAGAUUUUGACCGAAAAAUUGAGGAUGCACCGCGUUGCUGCGAAAUUUGUGCUACGCCUGAUGACAGACGACCAAAAAUCCAAUCGCGUCCAGGUUUGUCAGGAACUGCUUGAUCGUUCAGAAGAAGAUGAAGACUUUUUGUCAAGCAUUAUAACAGGUGUAGAAUCAUGGGUCUACGGUUACGACAUUGAAGCGAAGGUCCAAUCAUCCCAAUGGGUGGGUGAAACGUCCCCCAGACCCAAAAAAGCUCGCCAAGUUCGAUCCAAUGUCAAGGUUAUGCUGACGGUUUUCUUUGUUGCCAAAGGUGUUGUUCACCAUGAGUAUCUCCCCCAAGGCUCCACCGUGAAUCAGACUUACUACAUUGAAGUUCUGAAACGUCGGAGGGACGCCAUCCGUCGCAAAAGGCCAGAAAUGUGGAGGAGUGGCGAUUGGAUUUUCCAUCACGACAACGCUCCAGCCCAUUCAGCCCUCAGAACUGGGGAGUUCUUGGCCAAACAUUCGAUCACUGUUCUUCCCCAACCCCCUACUCACCUGACCUUGAUCCUUGUGACUUUUUCCUGUUCCCUGAAAGGAAGAAGAUUUGAGACAGUUCCCGAGAUUAAAGCAAAUGCGACGAAGGAGCUGAAGGACAUUACAAAAGAAGCGUACCAGGAUUGUUUCAACAAGUGGAAACAUCGUUGGGAUAAGUGUGUCCGUUCGGGAGGGGAGUACUUUGAAGGGGACCCGGACAUGUAA